CGUUCUCUUUUCACUCUCUCGUGUCGAGUUCGUACUAUUUACCGCUUUCUCUCUUUCUCGUCUUCUAUGUAUCUAGCCUACUAAUUUGAAGUUAGAAGAGACCCCCUUCGUAAUUUGAAACGCCUCAAAGUAGCAACUUUCCUCUCUUCAACGGUCAAAAUGCAUCACAGCAGUUUAGCUCGGGUAUGUACAAUCUUCAGCCGUCUUGAUGCAUUCUGGCGCUUAUGUGCAUAGCUAUCUGCUUAAGAAGAAUUUUCGCAAGAACAAUGUUUGAUACCCACCUCAUACCCACCCCGUUUGUGAAUUGUGAAUUUUUUUUUUGUCCGAAAAAAAAGGCUUCACAAACGGGUGAGUACAAAAGUGGGCAUAAGCAGGUACUUGCAGCCUAAUCACCAUAAGCCUUCCCCGAGGAGAAGAGCGAAAGACUGAAGAUGAGUCGAUUUUUUCAUACGGCAUGGGCGCACUUCUGUAAACUAAUAGUGGUUUCAAGGCCUGUUGAGAAUUCGUUGCUAGAUGGAGCUAAAGCAGUUGCAAACCGAGUCUCGAUAAUAAAAGAUAAGGAUGGUAGGAGAAUGAAGGCCUGUUGUCCUGUUUGUUUAAUGGCUAUCUCCGUGGACCACACCCUACAAGCUUCUGAUCUGAGAAUGUCACUGGCUAUACACUUGCGUUUAUAUCACCCUGAUGAUAUAAACUUAAUUUGGGAGGUUAUGCACAAUAGGCAAAACUCGUCCGUACACAUGCCCUCGUUCUUCCUUGGUGUUGGCAUGGCUGCUGGAGUUGGAGCCCUCAGUCUCUUGACAAAAAAUCGGGUCAGACCAUCUCAUAAUAAAAGGUAAAAGGGCAGA